GCAUCAUCCUGCACCUCGAUAUGAGCCUAUCCUAUCUCGGCUGACCGAGCCUCGAGCGAUCGCGAUCGAGCGUGACUCUCAUCGUGAUCGCGCUCCUAUUUCGUAAUGUUACAAUCGCAAAAACGCGCCGAGCUGGCUCUUGUGAAUGGCGAGCAAAAAGGUGCCCUUCUUCAGGCAAAUUAGAUUUAAAACGUACGUAGUCUACAAACGGAAACGUUACGUCACAACGCUACGAAGAAACGACUGUGCGUGGGAAAAAAAAAUACGGGAAAAUAACUGCAAUACAAGGUCUCGAUAACAGAAGGAGAUGAAUGAUUGAAGCCAGAACGUGGUUGGCGUUGCCUAGAGUCACGAGUACGUGGCGCGCGCGAUGGAGAAGGCCGCGGCAGAUUCUUCGUCGCAGAGCAAGGUCGGAGACAAUAGUCAGGCAGAUAAAGAAGAUUUAAACCCGACAUCGCGCUAUAAUGAAGUUCCCGCUAUGCAGCGGCAGACGCAGUUUAUGUGCUCUCUGUACAUUUCGCGCGCCGGCGGCCUCCAAGAUCAAGGCCACGGGGUCCAAGAUUGCGAGCUGCUGCGAUCUCAUCUCGAGGAAGCUAUCGCCGCUUCCGAGCCGUUGUCGACUUGGCGCGUCUCUGAGACUCCGUGCGGUCUCAUAGCCGCUUUCGUACGAGAAAACGACGCCGAGAAACUCUUGCAACGCGGCGACUUAGCUCGAGUGUUCGGAGGACCCGUGCAAGUAGCGCGAUUCUCGGCAAGAGACUCUCGAUAUCGCCAAGCCGUGCUUCUGAGAGACGUGCCAUGGGCCAUACCGCUGCAGGAUAUAAAUUCGGCUCUAGCGAAGCAAGGAAUCGUCGCUGGAAACGUCGAACGUUCACGGCAAUUCGUUCGAGUAGAGGUUUUCGACGCGGGUCAUUACGAAGCCUUGCUACGUCAAGGUCUGGAUUUUUUCGAGGUGGCUCGUUUCAAUGCUGUUCCGGAACGCUGGUGGCGUGGCGGCGGCGGCUGCGGCGGUACCGCAUGCGGCUCAUUCGGUAUACCCUCGAGAUACGCGUCGCCGGGGAACGACGGAAACAAUACUACUCCAGAAGCGUAUCAGGAGAACUUAUCGCAAACGGCGGACAGCGUGUUGCAAUGCUACCGAUGUCAGGGUUUCUGGCACGUGGCCGCUAAUUGUCGGCACUUACCGCGCUGCGUCCGCUGCGGCGAGCCGCACAGCGUCGAGUUUUGCCCAAGGCCGCGGAACAACCCUAUAUGCUGCCACUGCUCCGGACCUCAUCACGCCGGAUAUAGACAGUGCCCAGUCAGAUUGCAGCUAUCUAACGCGACACCGGUGAGCAUCACGUUGAGCACGGCACGCACGGGGGGGGUUCAAUAUCCAGCGAGCGCUACGAACAAGUCGAACCCCUCGUGCCACUCUCUGAGACAAGGCCACUGUUAAACAUCGUUUUUACCAUGCAAAAUUAUAGAGAAGUAUCGGCCUCGAAAUUAGCAUCGUUCUCGAAAAAAUCCAGUGGAAGCGCGUAACAUCUUUCUGCAUUGCAUAACGAUUUAUCGCGAGCCAUGAAAAUAAUGGGAACACGUUGACAGUUUCGUGUCGCGUGGCAUCGCGUGAAAAAAAGAAAACGCUCUUCUAAGCGAGGCGCGUUCCUUCGACCGCGAAAAAAUUCGCAAACGAUUUAUAUUUUACAUUACAAACAAGCUGCACGUUUUCUAAAAGAUUUUCACUUUUAAGACGCCGUCGCCUUUUUAGACACUAUUGUGUUUUUUGUACAUUUUCUAUUUUCUAGAUUUUUUACAUGCAAAAUACACGAUGGUUUUUAUAAA